AUGAAGCUGCUUGUUUGUUGUCUUCUAGCCGUCACCUGUUGUGUUUUGGCGAAUGCAGACAAGGUUGAGAGAUCACUGAAGCUGACUGAAGUAAUAAAGGAUGUAGGAGCGCUAAAGAAAAGUGUGGAGGUAGGUCAAUCUGCAAUUUAUUGAACACUUUUUCAAAGCUUAUGCAUUGUAAGCACUUAUGUAUUUCAUGGGUUCUUCCAAGAAACCAUGAGCUUUUACUAAUGAUUAUAGCAUGUUUCAUUAUGCAUUAUACUAACAUUGUGAUGCAAUACGUCUAUUGCCUUUUUACAUUUAUAAAGGCUGUAAAUGGUUCCAUAUUUUCUCACCCCUCUAAUUUUUGGGGGCUGAUUUGUAUAACAUUUUACAUUUUAGUCAUUUAGCAGACGCUCUUAUCCAGAGCGACUUACAUUAUUAUUUUAAUUAAUUUUUUCAUACUGGCCCCCCGUGGGAAUGGAACCCACAACCCUGGCGUUGCAAACGCCAUGCUCUACCAACUGAGCUACAUCCCUGCCUAUAAAAUGCAACCUCAGUACCAACACCUCUGUUUUUUGUUGUUCUUGCAGCACAACGGCGUGAUGUUGAACACUCCUUCACUGGAUAUAGAAGUAAGUGAUUUUUCAAAAGAAAAUCUACUAUACUUUGUUUACUUUACAAACAAAAGGAUCAUUGUCAGAAAUCUCACAAACAAGGAAUGACCUCUGUUAUUGUGGUUGCUAUUAGCCUUGCUCUCCCACCUACUGUAUAUCGCAUAAUGUAGCACGCUAGUACUAGAGCAGGCAAAUGUGGUCUUGUGAGGUCAUAAAAUAAUGAUCUGAUACAUUAUGGUAAAAAUGACAAUCAUCAAUAGUAUAAAGCAAUAAACAGUACAAUUACAUUUGUAAUAUAGUUGCAUACAUUAUGUGUAUAGUUAAUUGUUUAUAUCACCAAUAAUUAGUAAAUACUUAGUUUAAUGUAGUCUAAUUUGUAUUGAUAUGUUUACUAAUCCUUUAGUCAUUAUAACAUGAUGUGGAAACAGUGGAAAGGUGCACAGUAUUACUUAUUUUCACGCGAAAUUAAUUUGUUGAACUACAAAUAACUUCAGCUAAAUUACUAGCAUGGGUAGGGACAAUUGAUUUUUCCAAUAUGUGAAUUACUUGAAACUAAACCAAAUAAACUAACUGACGGUAUUAAAGUAACCGUCUGGUGAACAUUUUAUUUUAAAAGUUCAUAUUCUAUUAACUCAUACCCAAAUAAUGUUGUUGACUCGUCCUAUACUCGAAUUUGUGGCCAAAGCUUGAAUUAGAGAAAAAACACUAAAAAAAAAACACGUCAAACUUGUAUCUCAAACAGACCGUUUAAAUGCUUGCCAUUUCCUCAUAGAACAUGAUGUCGGAUGAGCUGGCCAAUCAGCGAUCUACUCGCAUGAAUAUUUGUAAUGACAUGUAUACACCAUUCUGUUGUUGGGGUACACCCAUACCAUUCCAACACAGAAAAGCUGCUUUUAGCAUACAUAAUUUAAAAAAUGGGGGGAAGGAAAACUAUUUCACUCAUUACAAUUAAUUAUAGGUAAUAUUUCAUAGAAAUCUAGAAACACUGGACAGUUACUUUAAUGGACAGUCUACCUAAUUAAAAAUGUUUGUUUUAUCUUAGUAGGUGGAGUACAUUUACAGUGUUAACAUAAGAUGAUUGUAGCGAGUAGGGGCCACACACUCGUCAGCAUCACUCUUUCGUCAAAAAAAGAACACUAUAGAUGUAACUUAAGAAAACAUCCACUGGAUAAGAGAAUAGUGUUUCUUUCAGCUAUUUAUCAGUUGCACUAACAGUCAAUCCAGUUUGGCAUGUGUUUUAGUCAGAGUUUUGUGCAUGAAUGAGUCAAUGUGAAAGUGAGCUCCAUGUCUCUUGGAGUUACUUGUGCACAUUUAGGAGAAUUGUGAUGAGUAAUCGCACUCACGUCUCUGUGGCUUUUACCCCAGAGACAAACUGUGCUACUGUUUGACUAUAUCUUGAAGUUAGUUGAACAUCCUUGUCUUAAACUGCACCAAAUAUUUCAUUAUUAUACCAUGGAACCAGUCUGUUACCAAUAUUCCACGGGUGAGCGCUUGAUCAAUGGUUGCCAUGUUCUCGUUUUUACACUAAAUAUAAAGUUAUGUCUGUAGCCGUCUAACUAACAUUUGUCCGUUAUUGUUUGAGAACUCAAAGGUUUGAGGCCCACAGCAUGGGGAAAAUAUAAUUGCCUAAUGGUUAGAGACAAACGAAAGCCUCAACCUGGAAAAUGUGUUGUCACGUCAGCAAAGAGAGAGCUAUUUUCUAUCUAUUCUGUGAAACGCCCAGUCAAAGUGGGGAAACUGGAAACAGACAGCAAAUAAAAACAGUGAAAACGUCUCUACUUAAUCUCAGUGAAGGGGGGAAAGAUAUUUUUCUGUAUUACAUUUACAUUUACAUUUUAGUCAUUUAGCAGACGCUCUUACCAGAGCGACUUACAGUUAGUGAGUGCAUACAUUUUCAUACUAGGUAUUAGAUACGUUGGUGGAAACAUUGUUUCUUGAUCGCUCUCAGCUUUGUCGGGAUUGGACGUGCAAGUGUAAAGAAUGGGAAAGUCUUACUCUGAUAAACAGAAUAUGACUUGUGUGUCACGGUUUUGUAGGAAAUGAUAAGACCAUCAAUAUAGGGCGGCAGGUAGCCUAGCGAUUAACAGUGUUGGGUCAGUAACUGAAUGGUCGCUGGGUCGAAUCCCUGGGCCGACUAGGUGAAAAAUCUGUCUGUGCCCUUGAGCAAGGCAUUUAACCCUAAUUGCUCCUGCAAGUCACUCUGGAUAAGAGCGUCUGCUAACUGACUAAAAUGUUUUUUUUAAAUGUCAUGCUAUUUAUUAUAUGGGCAUCAGGUGUUGUAUGUGGCUCAGUAGAAUAUAUUUGGCUGGUUUGAACUGAAAAUAUUGUAUGUAUUCUGGUUGAGGUUCAGGUUAAUGAAAGAUGCUCAAAUGUAGCAGUGUGGCAAAUGGCUAACUCAUCGUGAAGAUAGUAUGUGGGUUCAAUUACUAUACAGCAGCUCUCUCCUGUGGUUCUUAUUCCACAUUACAAUGUUUUCAUGUGAGUGUAAAAGAGAAUCAAAAUAAAUAAAAAUGAUUUGCCUCAACUAGUUUCAUUAGUGGAAAAUAAGCAGUCUUGUUUCCUCAAACAUCCAUCAUUUAGUGUAUUUUGCUUUUUACAGGAGUGCUGUGCCGUAUCUGCCUUGGAGUGCUUUCGGACGAUGGUACUAAAUCUCACGGCCAGAGAAAAGAAAUUUCAGCAGAAAGUUUUCAGAAACCUCAGGAGUCCACUGAUUGUGAGUCACUUCAGAAAACAAGAAUAAUGUUCACUUAGUUGACAAAACAUUAAGAACACCUUCCUAAUAUCAUUUUUCCCUCAGAACAGCUUCAAUUCGCAAUUCAUGCGGGCAUGGACUCUACAAGGUGUCGAAAGCAUUCUACAGGGAUGCUGGCCCAUGUUGACUCCAAUGCUUCCCACAGUUGUGUGAAGUUGGCUGGAUGUCCUUUGGGUGCUGGACCAUUCUUGAUACACAUGGGAAACUGUUGAGCGUGAAAAACCCAGCAGCGUUGCAGUUCUUGACACAAACCGGUGCACCUGGCACGUACUACCAUACCCUGUUCAAAGGCACUUAAAUCUUGUCUUGCCCAUUCACCCUCUGAAUGGCACACAUACAUAAUCCAUGUCAAACUUUUCUCAAGGCUUAAAAAUCCUUAUUUAACUUAUUUCCUCCCUUCAUCUACACUGACUGAAGUGGAUUUUAACCAGUGACAUCAAUAAGGGAUCAUAGCUUUCACCUGGAUUCACCUGUCUAUGUCAUGUAAAGAGCCGGUGUUCUUAAUGUUUUGAACACUCAGUGUACAUCUAUAUAAAAAUGUACAUAGCAAGAUUGUGGUAAAAUAUGAACAUGUUGCAUUGUUUUUUGUUUUUAGUUGGAAAGUGUGGACUCCUGCAGUCAGAAGGAGAGAGAGGUGAGCCUUGUCGUUAUUUUCCAAAUUACAUUAUUAGCAUUAUUAUUAUUGAACGUAAUCACAUAAGAAUUCUGUGAGGGAAUGUGGAAAGUAUAUUAGGGGUAGUAGUUACUUUACUAGGCCUAUGUUCAGUCCAAAUCUAAGAGUAACUUCAAAUUUGUAUUUUAACUUUUAAAAGUUAAAUUGUGUGGGCCAACUAAGUUAACAUUUUCGGUGUUCCUUUAUUCCCUCAGAAAACAGUCUGCCAAAUAUGUAAUUCCUAUCCAAUGAAGGACAGCAGGAAAUUUUUACAACAGUUGGAAUCUCUCCUUCAAAAG